ACUGCAUUGUUUACGUUUUGCAGCUGUUUUUCCUAACCCGGAAGUAAUUUCCAACUAAACGCGGAAGCUGAAAGAAGGGGGGAAGAGAGCUCCACGUCAACAAAACAAGCGAUGUCAGCAGCUCUAGAACCCCCAAACUGCUGCGCUAUACACGGCUUACGUACUGGCGAUGCUCGCUCGAUCAGCGGACGACCUCGGCCUCGCCACCAACUCAGCUUGCGCACUGCACGCAGAACAAGUGCCGCGGAUUUGAACUGACUGUACUAAUUUACUACUACUACAUGCAUCUAGCUACGUGGCUGUGUCACUGUUGACUGUGCAUGGGUGAAAACCUGAAUUUCAUGUCGUGGCCGUGGCUUAUUUGAUCUUUGGAAAAUUGUUAAAUUUGACAGUCAGUGAGAGCAACUUCCCGGUGUUUUGGGACUAGACCUACAAUUAAUCAGCCUCUUUAAAUAAUAAACGCAAGACGGUCUUGAGGUUUCAAGGAGUCAGUUGCAACUCAUCUAGCGGAUAAGCCCUCACGAAAACAAGAUGCCGAUUUCAGCAGAAGAACUUGUCAGACUACUGGCAAUUCUAGCAGAAGAAGAAAAUAUGAAGGUCACAGUGAAGGAGACAUUGAAAGGAGGAGCUAUUGCAGGAGCGGGUGCUGUGAUUGGUGGAAUGUGUGGAGGGCCUAUGGGACUAGCAGUUGGGGGCGCCCUUGGUGGUGCAUAUGCAAGAUGGCGGUAUAAGGGUAAGCAUGACGUGGUUGCGGACGUCUUGAGGGGCCUGGAGGAGAAGCAACUAGAAGAGCUGAGAGAACAGUUCAAGGAUAUCGUUGAAGACUACCCUGAAGAUGAUUUCAUGAUGAUGACCAGAAGGUUAAAUGAAGACGGUGAGCUGAGGGAGAGGUUGAGAUUGAAGCUCAAAUCUUUCCUCACAGACACAUUAAAACGAAUACUCGUAGAGGAAUAUAAGCAAAGAGGAAAGGCAGAUUAAUGUCCAGAUUUAAUUUAAAAACUAUUUUAGUAUAUUUUCCCUGUGCUAAGAAAGGCUUGUUGAGAUGUGGCGUGGUAACCGCCCCCCAAAAGACACGCUUUUUUUAACGUGUAAAUUAAUGGCAACUGCACGAAAACUUGUGCGUAUUCACUGAGCUCUGAGUGUUAUAAGAUACAAAAAUGUGAAGCUAUUACACCUAAAAAAAAACGCUGCCUUCUUGCCGCGUCAUAUCUGAACAAGCCUUAAAACCAUUGUGUGACUCUUGCACCACAUACAUGUAUGAGCUACACUAUGUUGAUUGUGACCUUUGUGCAAGUAUAUAUGACACGAGGACUGAACUCAUCUCAUCACUCCCAAUAUAGAAGGUGAAGUGAUAUAUCUUACAAGAAAAACACUGGGGCAAAUUUGGAAGAAAGGAAGAUUGAAAUACUAUUUUAGUGGUGUAAAAGAAUCUACUUACUGGUACUUGAAGCUUGAAAAUGUCAUGUUCUCUGAUUACCUUCAUAUUAUAGCUACAUAUAUGGCAGAAGUUUUACAUUAUUUGGGAAUAAAGUGCUUGUAUGUGGAAAUAUUCAACCAUUUCAAAAGAAUUAUAUCACUAUAGAUAUUUACAACUGCAUUAUGCACCACAUAGUUUGUAUAAUACCAAGCUUUAUUUCAAUUUCAUGGUUGUGCUAUGCUUUCAUUAAAUAUGUACUACUUCAAUUUCACAGACACUCUUAAAAGCGGAGUAACUAUGUAGGCUAUUCUAUUUCUGUAUAGCUUGUACAUAUAUUUAGGAUUUCAACGACUUUAUGCUGGGGUCAGUGUGUGCUGAUGUCUUUUGAAAGCUAUCCAUAUCAUUAACUGCUGUAAACGUGUUAUGUUGUAAACUGUGUUAAAUUCCUGCUUUCAAGUCUUGGUCCUUUUCGCGAUCUUUUCUGAAUAUGUACCUCGUGCUAAACAGUAAACUAUGUCAUUCUCAGCAGGGCUGGGAAUUAAAUUGCUGCAGUUUAUAUUUCUGAUACCCCAGUCUCAUCCAUAAGACCAACACAAGACUGACAAGAAAUCAAACAACAAAUAAUGUUACCCAAAAUGGCCAAGACUUUGUCAUAUCAGUGUGGAGUGAGCUUGUUGGUUUGAAAGUUUUAUCAUACAGAAUAAAUCAUUUAACCGAGAAAAGAAAAGAAGUAAACCUUUCUGUAUGAAUUCUAUUCUCACCACAAUACAAGUAGUACAGUAAUCAAAAGCGGUGUAAUUUCAAAUCACUUCUAUACCAUUGCCACCACAUGCUCUUGCUUCCAAUAACCAUGUGGCUAAUCUUUUUUUAACAACCUAUUUUAUAAAAGAUAAAGAGUUCAUUUUUUCCCCCUGUCAUUAUAGUGUACUUACUAGUACUAAUUUAUCAAACAAGAUGUACUUUUUUUUUUCUUCCUUGAUAUGUUAUGCAUUUUUUUGGUUUAUUUUUUAACAUGUUUUAUUGACUUGCCAUUAGUGUAUGUAUGCCUUGAGUGAGUAAUAAUGUAAAUUCUUUCUUGUGUGUUGCACAUCUUCAUAUUCUUAGCCCUAAAAUGAACAAUUUGUAGAAAUAUUUGAAAAGGUACCAGAAGAACUUAUUUCUGAUAUAUAGUUUUGGAAGCAUACAAACAAAUUCUUGAAAGGUUUACAGUUACAUGCAAAUGAGAUUUAUUUACAAAUGAAGAUUAUUUGAGCUUCUGCACAUGUGGUACCUUGCAUGUUUUUGUUUUUUUUUAAAUUGGGGGGUGGGGGGGGGCAUAUUUUGACUUUCUGAAGGGCACUAUAUGUUAGAUUGAUUACACUUCUAAAAACAAAACAGUUACUGGUGAGGGCGCUUUGUCAUUGACAUGAAGAAUUUUCUACCUUAAUCCUUACAAAUAAUUGGGUAUCGUAAACUGGGGUGAAUUAAGAACAGGGUGAGUGGGGGGGGGGGGGGGGGGGGGAGGGUGGAAGAGCAUGUUAAUCCCUGAGGAAAAGAGUCAAAGACGAUGCUGACCCUAUCCACCCUGUUUAUCAGUAUUUAUAUGUUAUUCAUUACUUGUGUUACUCUUUGAUUGAUGUUUUACUGUUGAGGAAUCCCUUAAUCAAUUAAUUUUGCAGUGGUCAUGUAUUGUAUAAUUACUGCCUAAGUGCCUAAAUGUGUGCAGAACUAUUCAUGAAAGAAUUUCGAAGAUGUAUUGCUUUGUUAUUUGUAACCACAAUUAAUGUGCUCAUUAAUAUUUUUUAAAAAGGCUCAUAUAAACAAACAAUUUUUUCUUGAGCAAGUCCAUGGUAUAUUUUUACUGUGCCCCAGCGGCUACCAAGAUUAAUGUUUUUACUUGAUAUUUAGUGUGAUCCAAACUUGUAGUAAGGUCACCAACAUUAACCAUUAUUUGCACUAAAAUCUGUGAUAAGUCAUAAGUAAUGUAUGGGACUAAAAUGCCUUGGACUUGCUAAGAUAAGAUAAGACUUACUGCCAUGUCUUGUAUGUUUAAUAUUAUUAUAUGGGGAUAUACAUGUACAUGUAUUUAUGAUAUGUGUGUAUCAGGGUGAUGGAGAAGAUAUACCAGUUCUUGCUGGACGAUCAACCUAUUAUUUGGAAAUAUAUUAAUAUCUGUGCUUGUGACUGACAGUAACCAUGGAAUUCACAAAAUGUAUAGAUAUUUCCUGUUCAUAGACAAGUUUUCUUUUAAAUUUUAUAGAUGUAGAGAGUAGAAGUAGAUUUAGACAUUUUCUUUCCAUUAUGUAAUGCAUUGAUAUGUACAGAUGUGUGCAAACAUAUUUUUGCCCAAUAUUGUACUCAUCCAAUUAAAAAAAUUCCAGAUUUUCUAAA